AUGUUUGUAAUUAUUGGAGCCACAGGACAAGUUGGUAGCCAUGUCGCAGAAUACUUGCUUGAGAGGGGCGAACCUGUCAAGAUCAUCGUGCGAAACAUCGAAAAGGCGCAGAAGCUGAGUCAAUUAGGUGCAACUGUACACGUGGGCGACAUCGACAACCCUCUAGAUAUUGAGUCUGGAUUCAAAAAUGCCGAUGCGGUGUAUCUAAUGGAUCCGCCUGCAUACCACGAACCAAACGUUGAAGAAAUUACUCGAAAGAGAAUGACGACUUUGAAAGAUGCCAUUGUUCAUAACUCUGUGAAGAAGGUGGUUGUCUUAACUUCUGGUGGCGUACACAACCGCCAUCUCGAUAUUGGCAAUUUAAAGUAUGCUCAAAUAUGGGAAGAUGGUUUCAAAGAACUCACAAUGCCUGUGACCAGCCUUAGGCCAGCUUGGUUUAUGGAAAAUUGGACUCCUGCUAUUAUGAUGGCUAAGGAAAAUGGUCAAUUUCCAACUAUGCUACGUUGUUUGGACAGGUCGAUUCCUCAAAUAGCAGCCAAAGACAUUGCCAAAGUUGCAGCCGAUAUCAUGGAAAGCUCAUGGUCAGGAUUCCAAGUUGUUGAACUGGAAGGUCCACAGAAAUAUUCAGUCCUUGAUGUUACCAACGCUCUCUCCAAACAUCUAAAAACAGAUGUUCAUCUAAGUGUCAUUGAACGGGACCAAUUACCGUCGAUGCUUUUGUCCAUCAAUACGCAUCCUAACUCUAUCGAUGGAUGGGUUGCUAUGCUGGAUUUUACAAAUGAUAUUCCACAACAGUUUGAGCAUAGCGAGGAAACUGUCAAGGGGAGUACCACAAUUGAUGAAUUUAUUUCUUCGGUUCUUGGAGAUUAG